AUGGCUGUGCGCAUCAUACGUGGAAUGGAGGACCUGGUGGCAUCAAGCAGCCAGCUCGUCUGGGGCCUGGCACAUCAGACCUUGAGGAGGUGGUACAAUCGUGGAGUGAUGCCAUGCAGACGCUUCCUAGAAGCCUGGUUCAGGAUUGGGAAAUGCUACCAGAUGACCGAAGGACGUCUCUGCCAGAUUCACCUCCUUGACGGCAGGAAUCUGGAGCUCCUGGUGCAGCCCAAGCUGUUGUCCCGAGAGCUGUUAGAUUUGGUGUCGUCGCACUUUAACCUGAAGGAGAAAGAAUAUUUCGGAUUGUGCUUCAUAGAUGACACUGGCCAGAAUAACUGGCUGCAGCUGGAUCGUAAAGUCCUUGAUCAUGACUUCUCCAAGACCUCGGGGCCUUUGGAGCUCAAGUUUCUUGUGAGGUUUUACAUUGAGAAGAUCACCUUCCUGAAAGAUAACACCACAGUGGAGCUCUUCUUCCUGAACGCAAAAUCGUUGGUGUUUAACGAGACCAUCGAAGUGGAGAGUGGGAAUGUUUUCAAGUUAGCCGCCUUCGCCUUGCAGGAGGCUAAAGGAGUUUACACCAGUGCUGAUACUGCCAGAUCAGACCUGAAGCAGCUCCCAGUUCUACCAACAAGAGUUUUAAGGGAGCACCCAUCUCUCAAUUUCUGUGAAGACAAAGUGAUUGAACAUUACAAGAAAUUGAAGGAACUGACCAGAGGACAAGCAGUUGUGCAGUAUCUUGCCCUGGUGGAGUCAUUGCCGACAUACGGAGUCCAUUAUUACCCAGUGAAGGAUAAGCAAGGACUACCGUGGUGGCUGGGAGUCAGCUACAAAGGCAUUGGCCAGUACGAUUUGCAGGAUAAGCUGAAACCAAGAAAGUUGUUUCAGUGGAAGCAGUUGGAGAAUUUGUAUUUCCGGGAGAAGAAAUUUGCAGUGGAAGUGAACGACCCGCACAGAAGAACAGUGACCAAGCGAACUUUUGGACAGACUGGUCUGGUUAUUCACACAUGGUAUGCCAGCCACUCUCUGAUUAAAACCAUCUGGGUGAUGGCCAUCAGUCAGCACCAGUUCUACCUGGAUAGAAAGCAAAGCAAAUCGAAUAUGACCACAACCAGGAGUUCAGGAGACAUCGCUGUCGACCUCACAGAGAUCAGCGCCCCGCGGAUCACUAAACUUUCCAGCAUCGAGAUCAAAGAUCAGCUCAUCAUGGCCAGCAGUGGGAGCCUCAUCUCAGCCGGUUCUGCUGAUUCAGAAAUCAGUGAGGAGCAGAAGAAAGAGAAGAUUGCAGAUUUAAAGAAGAAAGAAAAAGACCUUCGGGACAAGCUGACAAAGAAACUUGAGGAACUGAAAAAGAUCUGCAUGAGAGAAGCAGAGCUUACAGGCAGAUUACCUCCAGAGUAUCCCCUGGCCACGGGUGAGAAGGCUCCCCAAAUCCGUCGCCGUGUUGGUACGACCUUCAAGCUGGAUAACCUUUUCCCCUAUGAUGCGGACCCACAUUUGAGGAAUCUGGAGAGCAUGUUUGCGCUACAGCAGAAGAUUGUAGAAGCAGCCAUCAAGUUAGCCAACGAGGGCGACCUCGGCAAGACAGUAAAGAAGAAGAGGAGAAAUAACUUCCUGGACGCGAGGAGGAAGCUGGAGGAUAUUGAGAGGGAGAUCAACGCCUACAGGAUCAAGAAAGGAAAGCAGCCCACCCAGAGAGCUUCACUGAUCUUAGCAGAUGAUGUCAACCCUUCAGACCUCAGUUCUCUAUCUGACAGCCUUACUCUGGAUGAUGAUGAUGAGUUUACUUCCCAGAGGCAGCGGUCCAGAUCAGUGCAGUAUUCUCCACGACCGCACCACGCAGAAACCCUGGACCUCCAUUACAACCAGGAGAGACGUGUAUCUGAGCAGCACUCAGACAGCAGAUUAAUUUAUGGACAAGUCCAGGAACCGCUCCAUUACAGUCACCGUGAUGCCUUAUCAAGCCACAGCAGCCCUUUUAAACCGGCUUCCAGACAGCAACGUGACGCCCGCAGCAUGCCCCCCACCCCUCUGCUCACCCGCAACGCCUACAGCAGCACCCAGCUAAGGACAGAGGAUGCUCCACAACAUUUCCGCCAGCGUAGCGGGAGUCUGGAGUCACAGUCUCAGUUCCAGACAGAACCUGAACCUCCUGUGCCAACGUACACCUUCAACCCAGCCCGACGGAGCAACAGCACAGAGGUCCUCGAUGACGGCUCUUCCUACACAAGCCAGUCCAGUGUGGAGUACAGUGUUCCUGGUAACCACACCCACAAACGCAGGACCCGCGGUCGCCACAAAAAAGACCUGUACGCCAACACAGGCAGCAUGCCCAACCUGGCUCAGCCAGAUACCCGCUGCUACGCCUACCAGCCUCGGGCCCGGCCCACCACAACAGCUUAUUAUGUCACAGGUUACCCCAGCUACGCAGACCCAGAGCCUUACUCCAACGGACACUACAUGUAUAACGACAUGGAGGGACACUAUAAUGUCAACCCGUCCUACCAUCCCGCCCCGACAGAUUACCACGACGUGCACAGUCACUAUGGUAACGACGAGAUAGACGGCAUGACACAGCACCCAUAUGCUACGCUCAGGCCACCAAGAAACCGCCAGGUGGCCCACAGCAACGAGCAUGUCACCAAGAACAUCCAAAAAGCCUUGGUGGCUGAGCACUUGAAAGGCUGGUACCAUCGCAGCGCCGUACACAAACAAGCUCCGUACUACGACUUCGACAGAGGCUCCCAGCAGAGCCUGGGCUAUCAGACCAUGCCUGCACCCUACAGCCACAACAACAGAAACAUGUUCUCAUCAGCGUCCUCAGCAUCCUCGACUGGAAACUGGCACAGCCACAUGAGUGGUGGCAUGUCGGAAUAUGACAUGCCUAUGCAUGCGCCGCCGCCGCAGCCGUCCUACUCUUACAGCACAGCCCCAUACAGCCACUCUGCCCACAGCAGAUGUCCCACAGAGUUUGAGUGGAGGAGCGGUAAUAGGAUGGCGCGCCCUGCGGGGCCUUUAGAGAGGUCCUACAUAGAUGUCAGCAGCCAAAUGCACACAAACAUGGAGCCAGACGACCAGCUUCAAUGGCACGCGGAAUCAAAACCGGGAACAAUAGUGUAGUUGCCUCACUUGUCGUCGCGCUGUACGAAUCUCUCACCUUGACACGUUGUCAUUGUGCCUUAGACUGCACUUACCCAUGUUUCUGUAAACGGGGUCCAAAGAAUGAAGGAACUUGUUUGUCACAAACACAGUUGCCAAACCGACCCACAUCCUUGUGUUUUAAAUCAUAACAAAACCCAAGAGGAGCGUCUACGUGUGUGGAAUUGCGAGUGUUUGUGGUGAUGGCAGUUGUGCACCUAAACUUUACCAGGACCUGCUGUGGACUGAAACUCUCCACUGCUUCUCUGAGGAGAUGCCGACUUCACUAACCAAGGACUAAGACUGUCUCUGUAAGAGGAUACUGAGCCGUUAUGAACAAGGAGAAAAGACUACUGCUUUGCUGAUGUUCUCCUAUUAACACGCAUGUAUACUUACUGUUACCAUGAAGGAUCAAACAUGGAUUGAUGAGGACAUCAUCAAAAUGAAGGAAUGAGCUCAUUGAAAAUGAGUGGGAAGAGAUGGCUACUUCCUGGAACGAUGUACAGCCGCCAGAUCCGCUUUUGUCAAACAGCGUUGUAUCAAACUACCACUGUGCUUCAUGUCCUGUGUGUCAUUUACUGACUAUUUAGUACAUCUCACUGUCAGUACUUAACAAUACAAUUGAGCCAAGUACUUCUACUGCGUCACACCACUUGAGUAUUACUCGAAGUCAUCAACUUUAAUAUUACUGCCAGAUCUGAUCAGUCACUGCAAGAAGACAGUUCAGUUUUGUUUAUCUUAUCUUUUCUUUAUUUAAUUUUGUUUAAACAUGAUAUUUCAUCCAUGCUGGAAAUCAUGGACUGGUGCGCCCAAUUUCUCUCAGAGAAAGAAGCUGUAUAUAAAUGUUGGUAUUGUAAAUACACUGGGUCUGUCUUUUUUCCCCUUCUUUUUUAGACAUUUUUAUGUAUUUGAAAAGCAUGUAAUAUAUAGUAAACAACUGUUGUUAAGCUGGUUCUUAGUCAUUUGUAUAAUUGCAUUUGUUUGAAUAAAAAAAUCAGCGUUUGAAUGA